GAGAAGAAAAAAAAAAGAAUUGUAAAAUUUGCUGCUCGUCACUCUUCCAAUCUUCUUCCCUUUCUUUUUCGAUGCGCUUUCCCGUUUUCUCUCUACAGAGGGGAAAGAUCUCUGUUGGACGAUUCUCUCCUUGUUUCUCACUCCUGUGAUUUUUGUCUAUGCAGUUCAGCUAUUUGCUCUUGUUGUGUUCGAUCUGAUGCUGGUCUCGUCGUACUUUGAUAUCGAGUUCAUGAUUGAGUGGGAUUUGAUGGGUUUAUCUUGGAAUGUAUGAGAAGAUUCUGGAUCAGAUGUGGAUGUGAUAUCUCAUAUCCGUCACUAAGCUGAAGUGGCUACGGCUGAAGCAACACGGUUUCAUGAGAAUUUAGCAUAAGCCGAAUGUUCAAGUAGCUCGAGACUUCGUUCUAUUUUGGGCUUUAGUUAAGUCUGUGUAGGUAUACAGAGAGUUGGCAUGGUGGGAAGAGAAGAUGUGGCCAGCAAUGGUCAGGCUCCUCCCGGAUCUAAGAGAAUGUUCUGGCGCUCAGCCUCUUGGUCUGCCUCGCGAACUGCAUCUCAAAAUCCUGAAAAUGAGGAGCAACAUUUAAUUGCUCCGAUUGGGAGUAGUUCUUCUAGCGGCAAUGGGCCGAAUCGGAGAUGCCCAGCAGCCCCUUUAACGCCUCGGUCACAGCAAAACAGCAAGGCUAGAGCUUGUUUGCCACCUUUGCAGCCUCUAUCCAUUGCCCGCAGGAGUUUGGAUGAGUGGCCUAAGGCGGGUUCCGAUGAUCUUGGGGAGUGGCCGCAUCCGCCUACCCCAAGUGGGAACAAGACUGGAGAGAGGCUGAAGCUUGAUUUAUCGUCCACGCAGCGGAUCCUAGAUAAGGGCCAUGGUCAAGCUAAGAGGGAUAAGAUUGCUUUAUUUGAUAAAGAAUGUUCGAAGGUGGCAGAGCAUAUAUAUUUAGGUGGAGAUGCUGUAGCCAAAGACAAGGAUAUACUGAAACAGAACGGAAUCACCCAUAUCCUGAACUGCGUGGGUUUUGUCUGUCCAGAGUAUUUUAAGUCUGAUUUUGUGUACAGGACAUUGUGGCUGCAGGAUAGUCCAUCAGAGGAUAUUACUAGCAUUCUUUAUGAUGUUUUUGACUAUUUCGAAGAUGUCAGGGAACAAAAAGGAAGGAUAUUUGUUCACUGUUGUCAGGGGGUUUCACGUUCUACCUCUUUAGUGAUAGCAUAUCUGAUGUGGAGAGAAGGGCAGAAUUUCGAUGAUGCGUUUCAGUAUGUGAAGUCUGCCAGAGGUAUAGCUGAUCCUAACAUGGGCUUUGCUUGCCAAUUGUUACAAUGUCAAAAAAGAGUUCAUGCUUUCCCACUUAGCCCCACAUCCUUACUUAGAAUGUACAGAAUGUCCCCGCACUCACCUUAUGAUCCUUUGCACCUUGUUCCAAAAUUGUUGAAUGAUCCAUCUCCAUCAUCCUUGGAUUCAAGAGGUGCAUUUAUCAUUCAAAUACCCUCUGCAAUUUAUAUUUGGGUCGGGACCAAAUGCGAAGACAUCGUGGAAAGAGAUGCAAGGGCUGCUGUUUGCCAGAUCGUCCGAUAUGAGAAAGUAGAAGCACCUAUUUCUGUGAUCAGGGAGGGCAUGGAGCCUGCUUAUUUUUGGGAUGCUUUUAUGAAUAUGUUACCCAUGAUGGACAAGUCAGGAGAAAGAGAUAAGAUUGGGGAGUUGUUGGUUAAAACACCACCAGGUAACAAGAAGGUUGACACAUAUAAUGUCGAUUUUGAGAUAGUCCAGAAAGCCAUUGUCGGAGGUUUUGUGCCUCCCUUUGCCUCGUGCAAUGAUGAAAAUGAGACUCAUCUUCCUGCAAGGGAAAGUAGUUGGAGUUCACUGAAAUGUAAGUUUGCUUCAAGGUUUGAGAAGACUUCCAUGACAGUUACCAGACCACCACUUUCUAGGAUGUAUUCUGAUUCUAUGAUGAUAGUGCAUGCCUUGUCACCUGCAUCAACCUCCUCCUCCUCCUCAUCUGCUUCACAUCCUUAUCUUUCUGUAAAAUCUGUGUCUGCAGAUUCAAGUACUAAUCCAAAGAAUGUCUCAGAGCCUUCUGGGCAUUCGUCCUUGAGCUCUUCUUGUCCUCUUUCACCAUCUUCAACGCUGCCCAACUUGUCCAACCUCUCUCUCUGUCCAUCCCAAACUUCGCCUAAUGAAUCUAGCUUUCUAGGAAGCUGUGGUGUGGACAAUUCUUUACAGCCUCGCAUUGAACCGUUCACAGAUAGAAAGGUUUCACCUUCUCUAGCAGAGCGUCGGGGCAGUCUGUCAAAGUCCCUGAAGCUGCCGGUUUUGACUGAUUCCAAUAGAGGCAAAAUUCCUAGUGGUCGCAAUUUAUGUCAGGCAGGUAGUAUAGAUAUUGUCUUCAACUUGGAGGGUGUUGGAAAUGGAGAUGUGGAUCCAAAUAGCGAUUGCGCAGAGAGAAUUCCUUCCGCCAGAAUUAUAGAUUCUAUGCCGCAGAAGGAAAUGGUUUCCUUAAUCGACUGCAGUGAACCAGAGAAGCAUUGUCGUUCAGGACAAACUCUAGGUUCUGUUCUCUCACACACGACGGGUAAUUAUGAAUUAGGAGACUGCAACUUGAGGCAUCCUGUAGCAUGUUGGUGGCCAAGCAUGGACAGAAUUACGAAAUUUAGGAGGUCUGAUCUAGAUUCCAAAUCUGUUAUAGUAGUUUCUUCGCAAAGUGACAUCAUUGGACAAACCGGGAGGGUUUUGCAUAUUUGGAUAGGAAGCUCGUUUGAGAACAACCAGUCUCAGAUAGAUAGCAACAACAAGGUGAGCAAUACGCAGAAGGUCGACUGGGUUCAAGUUGGUAAUGAUAUAUUACGUCAGAUGGAUUUGCCAAAGGAUACCCCUGUAAAGAUUAUGAGGGAGGGUGAGGAGCUGACAUGUUUUCUUGCACUGCUGAGUGCGUUGUAGUAGCUGCUGCUCGUUCAGGAUAUCCUCUCUUCAUAGAUCCCAACCUCGAUAUUUUUUCAACUUUCUCCACAGUGCUUGAUGUCUACAAAACCACAACAGGUACUAAGCUUAUAACUCCCCCCCUGGCUCUAUGUUUCAUUAUCCCAAUAUUUUUUCGUGGUUGUUUCGGUAUGGGAAUCUAGAAAGAGAAUUGUGAUUUUUCCGUUCCAUGUGACCUGUCUUUGUUCUUGCUGCAAAUGCAAAUCCUUGGAGAGAAUGGUUUAAGACAGUUUUCGGGUCUAAGCAAUGUAUGUAUAAAUCAAUGGGUUUGCCAGAGGAGACUCUGCUCGCGAAAGUCCCGUUUAGGAAAUACACCCUCUCUUUUGUACAGAAAAAAGAGAGAGCAAAAGAAAGACUUCCCCUUUAACCUCAAAGGUUGGUUGCUUAUCCAAUGAAAUUCUAAAGUAGACUAAUAUUCUAGUUAUGAACUCUUACAAUGUUACAGAUACUCUGAAAAGAUAGUAACCCUCCCCAAGUAGAUUCGGGUUUUUCGGUUA